AUGUCUUUGCUGUUUGAUAGAUGUCACAGUCCAGUAGGCAGACAUCACGGGAAAUAUAUUGGGAUCACGCUGGGAAGCGGAUGUUACCGGGUUAUGACUGUCGUGCAUGAGACGAUGCACGCGUUGGGAUUCUGGCACGAGCAGAGCAGGCCUGACCGAGACGACUACGUCACCAUACGUCAUGAACACAAUUUCAACAAAUAUCCCAACACGAAGGUGGACACGCAAGGUAUACCAUAUGACUACGAGUCGUUGUUGGUGCACUACUCUGCUUACGGCUUCGCCAUUGACCGGAGAAAGCCGACCAUCGUUCCGAAGAAAGCCGGUGUUGUGACUGGACAAAGAAUGCAUUUGAGCCCCAGCGAUAUCCUGGAGAUCCGAAAGUUUUACGGCUGUUUAGCUGGAGAAUCCUUAAAUGGAUCCACCCAUAUACCAACACAUACGACUGCUGUUCCAGGACAACAUAAGUAUAACUGUGCUGUACAUACAUGAAUGUUUUUUUUUUAAUUGACUGUUGCAAAAAACAUCCCCUCCUCUCCACAAAACAAACAAAUAAACAAACAAACAACAACAAGAGCAGCUGCAGCAACAACAACAACAAAACCUCAACAAAACAAACACACGAACAAAAGGACAAAACAAGGAAAAGAGACAACCCCCUACCCCCACCAGGAUCAAGCAAAACCAAAACCAC